AGAGUUCUGCGUUGGAAAGUUGGUUAUUUUCAAUAUGUUUUCAAAAACAAUUUUCGGUUUGUUUGGAUUGGUGGUGGCCCUCAGUUUUGUUCCUCGUUCUGAAGCCUUUGGUACUGAUCUUCUUGAGUAUUUUUUUGGAAGUUAUGAAGACAGUUCUGAGGGAAAUACGGUCAUAAAAAUCAAACCCAACAACACCGUAUCCGUGAUGUGUGCGAGCUCGUGUGAUUUAACCGUCGAAUGCAUGAACUGCAACAAGGUGGUUACCGAUGUUACGGGUCCGGAUGGAACGAUGACAACGUCGGUGACGAGUGUCCCGAUGACGACAGGUUCGAGUCAGCCUAGCACUACGAGCUCAACCACAGAAACUCCAACGAAUCCACCAGGAGCCCCGCAGACAACAAAAGCAAAGCAAGAAUCACCAACAACAGACCCACCAAAGACAGAUCCACCAAAGACAGACCCACCAAAUCAAGAACCAUCAAAUCAAGAACCAUCAAAUCCAGAACCACCAAAGUCAGAAGAAUCCCAGCCGUUAAAAUUCCGAUAAAAAUAGAAACUGCUCAACCAGAUCAAGAUAUGUGAAAUUAAAGUCAGGUUCACCAUUGAAAUGUUGAUUGACGAAAGAAUGAAAUCGAUUGUUUUUAUUGUUACAAAAAAAAACAUUAAAACCAACUAACCAAUUUCGAAAUUGCUUCAAACUU